UUCAGUUUAUAUUUUUCGUUUUUCCGUGCCACACUUCGUAUGCUAUCAACCCGAUAAGUCGAACAGGGAAACGAUUAAGUGCGAGUGGUGACCCUGGCUCCAGCAAGAGCCGUUCGUCGCUGUGUGUUUCAUUGAAGAAGAUAUUAUUGAUUGAAAUAGAACAUUCUCUUCUUUAACUUGUCAAACUAAACGAAAUUAGUUGGAACCAAUCGGGUGCAAUGGCGUUUCUGACGGUGCGACUGAUUGCUACGACUGCAGUGAAAAGUGCCAACCAGAAUAUUGCGGGCAAUAUUAAAAAGUGCACUCUGACAUCGAUGGAUCAGCAGAUCGGGUCGGUCGCUAUGUUUAGUGGGCUGACCAGUGCGAAGAAGAGCGACACUCCGAGGAAUCAGAUUUUUCCAAAUGCUGUCUUGAGUUCCAAUCAAAAUGUCAACAUGGUUGUCCCGAGUAGAAACAUCACUGUCCAAGAAAUCUCUCGCAGUUUGCAGCUUUACUCCAAAGGCGGAAGAGACGUCGAAAAGGACCCAAAAACACUUCAAUUGAAAUCCGGCUUCGAAAAACCAACUGUGCUGUUGUUUGCCUGGUUGAAUGCCAAACAUAAACAUUUGGUAAAAUAUGCCAACCUCUAUACGAACCAGGGCUUCGAGGUAGUUGUAACACAACUCACCCCAUGGCAGCUGCUUUGGCCUGUGAAAGGCUCACAGCUUGUAGCAGAAGAUAUCGUGAAAUUUUUGAAAAACAACGAAUUUAAGAAUGGUCUGAUUUUUCACGGAUUCUCAGUGGGAGGCUAUCUGUGGGGUGAAUGCAUGGUUCACAUAGUGCGAGAUCUUCAAAAUUAUCAAAUUGUGUUGGAUCGUGUGAAGGGACAAAUCUGGGAUAGUGCUGCCGAUAUCACAGAAAUCCCUGAAGGUGUGCCGAGAGCUUUGUUUCCAAGGAACCCAACACUUCGCAACGCAUUGCGAAAAUAUAUGAUUUAUCACAUGAAGGCAUUUCAUGAACCUGCUACGUCACAUUAUAUCCGCUCCAGUCAGAUGUUCCACACAAACUUGCUUAGAUGUCCAGCACUAUUCCUAGUGUCGAAAACUGAUCCCGUUGGAACGGUGGAAGCGAAUACUCGGGUCAAGGACUCUUGGGAAAGCAACGGAGUUAAGUGUCACUUCAAAUGCUGGGACCGUUCGCCCCAUGUGGGACAUUUCCGUAAGCAUACCGAAGAAUACACCGAACUGGUGUUUUCACAUAUUCGUCAGCUGGACGUUGGAGCACAUAAACAAGCAUUGCGAGCGAAGCUAUGAUCGGAAGUAGAUUAGUACUGUGAUACUUAAAUGCAACUGUGAAACAAAAACAAAGAAAAAUUAGUUUUGAAAACACGUACACGUUUUGACUAGACCGUAAAAGUGCCCAGAUAUUAUGUGUUUAUUAGGUUACCACAAUUCACAAAACGAAAAUUAGAAAUCUUCAGUGUACAUUCAUAACACUGUUCAUUGGGUACAUUAGGAAAUGAUUCGACAAGGGAGAUAAUACUUUGUACAAAACUCUUGGAUAUUGAAUAAAUAUUGGAUGAUCGUUGUAA